GAAGUCAUUUCAGUACAGUCACUUGUGUUGUAAACAGCUCGUACAUUUCCACCGGUACAAAAACCAAAAGCACGAAAAAAUUCCGUGUAAAAUUGGAAAUUGUUUCUUGAACGGAUCUCUUGUCUAAACGAACUUUGAACCUCUGGAGAUGUGUUGCCAAGGAGCCUGCGGAUCGGUAUCUUAUGCCUUGGCCUACGGCCCCGUUGGACCCGCUCUGCCGGCCAUGAAUUAUGCAAACUGCUGCUGCGGACCCAAUCCGCCAUGUGGACCCUGGACCUGUCCCCACAGGUGUUGCUGUGCCGGCGAGUGGGGCUGCUUUGGACCCUUCUACUGAACAUUCCCCGGAAUGGAGCAGAAUCCAGAAAAUCUAACUGAAGAUCGUGGAAUUUUUUUGUGCUUUUGGUUUCAGCCUUGUAACCCUGCAGAAGGGGUUAUAGAAUGGCAAUAAAUUAUUGUAUACAUAAGUCA